UCAGGUGAUCAUCUGAGCCAUCAGGUGAUCCUGUCAGCUUUUUCCUCUUUGGGUAAAUAUAAACAGACUCACUGUAAAUACAGCUUCAGAAAUCCCCAAGAGAACAGCAUUUUUGGACAGGUUUGAUAAUGAGCCUCUUGUCCAACAUGGAAACAACACCAUGGUAUGAAAGCAACUUUCCCUGGAAGUACUUCUUUAAUGCUUACCAAGCAAUCAACACCCAAAAACUAGCAAGCACCUUACCAAGAAAAGGGAAAAAGAAAAUUAUUAACACAGAAGAAGUCAAAGAAAACAAGCCAUAUUUGGAAGAGGUUUAUUUAACUUGUACAAUCAUGAAUAAAACAGAAAUCCUGGACGUAUUAGCAAAACCUGAAGGAAUAGACUACAAUGAAUGGAUAGCAACACACACUUUAGGUCACUUCAAUACWAUUAAUCUUCUUUAUGGAUGUAUAAGUGAAGUAUGUACAGCGACAACUUGUCCAAUGAUGUCUGCWCCAGGUGGACUACCAUAUUCAUGGCAAGGCGAGGAAAAAGGCAAAAAGACAAAAACAUUAAUCCCAGCACCGCAAUAUAUAGACUAUGUAAUGACAUAUGUAGAAAAACAUGUCCAGGACAAUACUGUYUUYCCUUCAAAAUUUGGUAAGUACUGACAUUGACACAAAUGCUCUAUGGCAUAAAUUACGUCAUAGUAUGUUUCCAUCGGGGACAAAGAAAUUUGGGCCUAUUAACAUUCUUUCCGAAAGUAGAACUUUAKUGYAUCGAGUUUUGAUGUACAUCAUGUAUCAAAGAUUACUCAUCUACAUUUUAUUUAAUAUGCCGUCACUCUGAUCCUAUCAKGCGACCAUAAUUAUCGUUAAACAAUAGAAUGUUUUGGUGUGACGUWAUUAUGCGAUAGGGCAAUUGAUUGUCCCACACGUUAUCACGCUCAGUGGUAGCGUUAAGAGAUAGCACAGGAACUCCAUUCAUGCAGACCUCAUUCAAUUAUAGUCGAACCUUGGGUCAGCUUGGGGAAUUCGUUUCGAAUGCAAAUUGAAGUACAAAGUACAGCAUACAUUGUUGCC